UAAAUGCACUAGGGUUAUCACCCCCCUUAUCCAGACUCUCUCUCUCUCUCUCUAUUUCUGUCACCUCUCUCUUCAUCCAACACUCUCACCUACUUCCACAAAAUCAUGGCUGACAGAAGCAACCGGCUUGGUAUUAAGAGGAAAGAAAAGAAGGCGGAAAACAAAGUAAACGAUGAGAAGGAUAAAGAAAAGGAGAACACUGCCAAAAAGGCAGACAAACUGGUGAAGAAGCAGGAGAAGACCCCAGAGCCAACCAAAACAGACAAGGAGGAGAGGAAUGGGGAAAAUGAAGGAGCAACAGGAGCAGAGGCAAAUAACAGUGAGGAUAAUGAAGAGUUUCAACCCAUAGAGCUGCCUCCUUUUGAGAUUGUCACAGGGGAGCAGAUGAGCCCGUUCUACUUCAAGUUUCAGUUCAGGAAUGUGGAGUAUUCAUCGGGGAGGAACAAAACCCUACUGUGUUUCAGGGUGGACACAGCAGGAGGCAGCACAGAGCCUCUGAAAGGGUACAUGGAAGAUGAACAUGCCACAGCCCAUGCAGAGGAGGCCUUCUUUCAAGAGGUACUGCCCAACUCAUCCCAAGAGUAUGAUGUCACCUGGUACGUAUCAUCCAGUCCCUGUGCAGCUUGUGCGGCCAAACUGGCCAACAUCCUCCAGCAGCGCAAAAAGCUUCGUCUCUGCAUAUUCUGCUCCCGUCUAUUUGAGUGGGAGCAGCCGGAGAUAGUGGAAGGGCUUAAGGCUCUUGUGCAGGCUGGCUGCAAACUCCGAAUGAUGAAGCCAGCCGACUUCCUUCAUGUAUGGGAAGUGUAUGUGGAAAAGGAGGAAGAGAGUUUCACGCCAUGGGAGGAUUGCCAGGAGAACUAUGACUACUAUUUGGAAAAACUGGCUGAUAUCCUUAAAUAGAUGUUACCAGUGACUGAACCAUAAACUGGCCUAUUUGUGAAAUUCCUGCUGGCUGGACGUAUGUUUCUUGCAGUCACAUCUGCUGCUGUAGACUGUUAGUUUGAAUGAGCACACAUGGAAGCAUUUUUUAACUUUUUUAUU